AUGACAUACUGUGAUGCUAUCAACAUCAAAUCUGGUUUAUAUGAGUCUGGGAUGUUCUGCUCUGUUCAGAACUGGGACUUGAUUUUAGUAAAAAGCUUUCAAGAUGAGGAUAUGAUUUUUUCUUUGCCAAAAAUGAAUUUUGACUUUGAGCUUUCCUUUUCAGAGGUGACUGUUGUCGUCUUUACAAUAGCAUCUGUUUUGAUUUCUAUAUGGAUUUUAAUCACUAGAAUAAGAAGAAAACAUCCACUUCCCCCAGGACCUUGGUCACUGCCAGCUAUAGGGAAUCUUCUGCAGCUGGGAGAGCAUCCUUACAUUUCAUUUGACCACAUGAAGAAGAAAUACGGAGAUGUGUUUUGUUUAAAGCUGAGAAUGGUACCAGUUGUGGUAGUAAAUGGCUUUGAUGCUGUAAAGCAGGUGCUGUUGAGAGAUGGAGAGAGUUUUGCUGGUCGACCUGAUAUGCAUACCUUUUCUUUCUUUGCCAAUGGAGAAAGCAUGUCUUUUUCAGUGCACUAUGAUGAGCAAUGGAAGCUUCAGAAGAAAAUUGCUAGCAAAGCUUUAAAAUCCCUCACUAAAUCAGAAGUCAAGUCCUCAACUUGCUCUUGUCUUCUUGAAGAACACGUCUGUGCCAAAGCUUCAGAACUGGUGAAAACCUUUGUUGAACUUUCAAAAAAGGAAGGCAGCUUUGACCCCUCUGCUGUUACCAACUCUGCUAUGGCUAAUGUGGUCUGUGCUCUCUGCUUUGGCAAAGAGUUUUUAAGUAUCAUUAAGCUAAAUCAUGAUUUUCAAAAAGCCUGCAGUGUGUUCAACCCAGCGGAUUUUAUACCUUGUCUUCGUUACCUUCCACUCCCUAAUGCAAAAGCUACUCGUGAAUUUUAUGGGAACUUCAAUAAAUUUGUUGCCCAUUGUGUUAAAGACCAUUAUGCAAAAUAUGAUGAGUGGUUCGACAAAAAUAGCACGGAUGCUCUGUUAAGUGUAAGCAAUGAAAAAAAACCUGUUGGGAAAGCUGCAGCCUUAUCUAGUGAGAAGAUAAUAAAUACUGUUUAUGAUAUCUUUGGAGCUGAUCCUGUCCUAGCAACUAAAUCUACAAGCUUAUAG